ACUGUCAGGAAUGUCAACGAAACAGCUUCGGAGGCAAGAUGUUGUGGGAAGACAGAGAUGUUCGCUUCGAUAUCAGUCCCCAGCAGAUGAAAAUGAGAUCUGGGGAAAAGGUAAUAGAUAAACUAGACUCUGUUGAAGAUACCAAAGGAAACUCGGGUGACAGAGGGAGGCUGAUUAUCACAAAUCUGCGCUUGAUAUGGCAUUCGCACAGCAUGCCAAGGGUUUCUCUGUCUGUUGGUUACAACUGCAUCAUAAAUAUAACGACAAAGACUGUAAAUUCAAAACUUAGAGGUUUAACAGAAGCUUUAUAUAUUUUAACUAAAGCAAAUAGCACCAGGUUUGAAUUUAUCUUCACAAAUCUGAUCCCAUCAACAGCAAGACUUUUCACCUCAGUUAUUGGGGUGUAUAAGGCUUAUAAUUCUUCAAAGAUGUACCGUGAAUUGAAACUGAGAGGUGCUAUUAUUCAGAACAAACAGUUGAGAAUAUUACCUCAGGAACAAAUAUUUUCUCGUGUGAAUGGAGUUUGGAAUCUGUCCAGCGAUCAGGGAAAUCUUGGUACAUUUAUCAUUACAAAUGUACGCCUAGUUUGGUUUGCAAACAUGAAUGAACUGUUCAACAUAUCUCUACCAUAUCUACAAAUAGCAUCCGUAAAAGUCCGCGAAUCCAAGUUUGGCAUGGCACUGGUGGUUGAAAGCUCAGAAGCCAGUGGAGGUUACGUGCUCGGCUUCAGAAUUGACCCUGUUGAAAAGCUUCAUGAAGUACACAAGGAGUUAUCGUCACUGUACAAUGUGUAUUCACAAUGUCCAGUCUUCGGCAUAGAGUUUGUUCUUCAUGACAAGGACUCUCUUGCUUUGAACUCAAUCCCCCGGGCAUUUUUACUGGUCGAUGCUGACCAGCCUGCAGGGGAGGAGGAGACUUUGGAUUUGCCAGAAAUGGAGGAAGCGGAGAUUGACGAAUCCAUCAAUGAUUCCGCCGAUGUCCUGGCAGCUUACCUUGCUGAUGGACGACACAGCGACCGGGAGACCGUUUUCUCGAAUGAGUUAGGACUUGCCAUUGAGAAAUUAAAGGAUGGAUAUACUCUGCAAACACUGUGGGAGAUAAGCACAAAGCAAAUACUUUAAUAAAGCCAAGAAGAAAAAUAUAGAGAGAGUGUCUUUGUAAAAUAUAUAAAAUAAAAAUUCUUUUUCAUAACCAGUCAACAUUAUCUUAAUGCUGCCAGGGAAAUGCUGUGCUCAUUCUUGUGAAAUAUCUCUGCACAUAGAUGGCUCUGAAGUGCUUAGCCACAAAGGAGUCAAUUGACAGGAAUUUUUUUUUUUUUACUGA